AUGUCCGGCCUUUGGGAUAAUCGCCCUUCACCUGUGGCCGAUCAACUCUCAACAAGCUUUGGAUCCGAGCAUUUAGGACAUGAUAGAAUACAUGGAGAUAACUUGAUACCUGGAGUAUCAGCAACUGUAGCCAUGACAGGCGAUAAUGAGGAUAUUGAUAUCGAUAUCACCGCAUCUCAAAAGAUGAUCUCGGCAAUGUCUGGAAGUCUAUUAACUUCGCUAUUAGUGACUCCUCUAGAUGUUGUCAGAGUUCGUCUACAAUCACAGCCUUCUCAGUCUCCAUUAAUAGCAAUUCGCAAAGCCGCUAUGGCAUCCCCUCAAACUUUCGGCACACUUCCACCAAACCUGGGAAUAACGGCAUGCUGUCGGGAAGUCUUUUUCACAAGUGGCACAACGAGCGAUGGUUGUAUGGCUGCACCUAGAAUUGGUGCAAUGGAGGGUGUUGGGUGUGCCGUGGAAGAAACACAAAGGAAAACCUUCAAUUCGACUUUUGAUGGAAUGCGAAAGAUUGCGCGAAAUGAAGGGCUCACAACUUUAUGGCGAGGACUAUCACCUACUUUGGUUAUGACGGUUCCUUCGAAUAUCAUAUACUUUACGGGAUACGAUUGGCUGCGAUUUAACACUCAAAGUCCCAUCAAUCGAACGUUCCAUGACAAUUAUGCCCCUCUUGCUGCCGGUGCCUCUGCCAGAACCAUAGCUGCUGCAGUCGUCAGUCCGAUCGAAAUGUUUAGAACCAGAAUGCAGGCUAGUCAAGCAACUGGGGGGGCACAUUUUUCAGAAACUGUGAAGAGUGUUGGUGAAAUGGUUUCGCUUCAUGGUUAUACCUCUCUGUGGCGAGGAUUAACUUUAACACUUUGGAGGGACGUUCCAUUUUCCGGAAUUUACUGGUGGGGUUAUGAAUCAAUAAGAGGGACAUUGACAGAUGCACGAGAGCGCGGUCGAGGGAGAACAUAUGACAAGAAUACUUCUAGAGGUCAAUUGCGUACUAGGUCACAAAGUCGAGAGAAACACACAGCGACAUUCCUCGACAGUUUCAUCGCCGGAGCGACAUCUGGAGCCGUUGCUUCUAUUCUGACUAUGCCUUUCGAUGUCGGAAAGACACGAAGACAAAUCUUUCAGGAACCGGGGAAAACAGCAGUAGGAGUCGAAAAGGUCUUAGCUCCUGAAGAACAAUCCAUGCCAAGAUUUCUUAUGCACAUCUUCAAAGAAGAGGGUAUUGGCGGCUUAUGGAAGGGAUGGGUAGCUAGGACUUUGAAGGUUGCUCCAGCAUGUGCGAUAAUGAUCAGUUGCUAUGAAGUAGGGAAGAGAUCAUUUAGAAGCGUAAAUGAGAAAGCGGAACGAAAGCGAGGAACCGAGUGA